CUAUUGCUUGACUUUGGCGAAGAACAUCGGUAGUACGUUGCAGCUAGGUUUUUGACAGUGAAAAACAUUUCUGAACGACAGUAACAUGUCGAGUGUCGUUAAACAAACAGUCGUGAAGGUUAAGCCGAUAAUGAGCACAUCGAUGCAGGAAGCUCGUCAAAGGGUCAUACAGCUUUACAAGUCGUGGUAUCGCGAGAUGCCAUCCAUCGUUAACAUAUAUGAUGUUCCGAUAACGGUACAGCAGGGCCGAGUAAAGCUGCGGCAGAAGUUCCUCCAAAAUCGAAACGUUAAGGACAUCCGCACCAUUGAUUUGCUCGUUAUUAAGGGUCAGAUGGAACUAAUGGAAACACUCAGUCACUUCAAACAGAAGGGUCACGUAAUGGCAUUUUUUCAAGAUACCGUUCCAGAGAAGCCUAAGGAUUUCCUUUCGAAGUUUCUGGAUGGACACUGAAUAGACAGGGGUGUUCUCCGACUGGAAUAACACGGCUUAGAAUCAGCGAAUUUACUUUGCAUAGGCGAAAAUACAAUGUUGUGGACUGGGAAAUUACGGGAAUCAAAUGAAGGUAAUAACAAUAAAGGAUUUUAGUCAA